AUGUGUAAAACCGAAGGUUUAUCGGCAGAGGAAAUAAAUGAACUUUGCUCUUCACUGGGAGAAAGGUUCAAAGGCUGGAAGCAAAAAGAUGAGAUCAGAAGUGGAUUAAAAGGUGGGUUUUACUUGAUAGAUGAAGAUGGGGAUGGGGAUGGAGAUGGAGAUGGAGAUGGAGAUGGAGAUGGAGAUGGAGAUGGAGAUGAAGAUGAAGAUGGAGAUGAAGAUGAAGAUGGAGAUGAAGAUGGAGAUGAAGAUGAAGAUGAAAUAAGGCAUUGCACAGGUUUAUUUGUCACUGAAACUAAAAAUCAUUAUGAGUAUUAUGAUUCUGGAGGUACACAACUUCCUGAUAUCCCAGAUGUUCAUGUUUUAAGUAAUGAUAAACAAUAUCAGCAAGAAGGUAACAAUACAUGUGGACUACAUGCUGUGUAUUGCCUCAGACAACGAAAUGAGCUUGGAAGUAUGAAGAAAGUACAGGAAUCUUAUCCGACUGACAAAUUAGAAUUUCUCAAUCGAAAUGAAGAGCAUGUUCUUAAAUAUAGAAUGCCAAAAAUCUUACAAAGGCAUUAA